AUGGAGACCGAAGGGAGAGUCAAAGCGUAUCGCUUCGUCGCCUAUGCCGCAGUCACUUUUUCAGUUGUCGCUGUUUUGUCGGUGUGCAUCACAUUGCCGAUGGUUUACAACUAUGUGAGCCAUGUGAAGAAGGGAAUUCAUCAGAAUAUUCGCUAUUGCAAAGGAUCUGCCAAGGAUAUUUGGUCCGAGGUUAGCCAGCUGCGUGCUGCUCCAAGAAACCGAACUACUCGUCAUGCCUAUGGAAAUGAGGGACGCAAUGGAGGAUCAUGCUCGGGUUGCUGUUUGCCAGGAGCCGCUGGUCCUGCUGGAGCACCUGGAAAACCGGGAAGGCCCGGAAAGCCGGGAGCUGCCGGACUCCCCGGAAAUCCGGGACGCCCACCACAACAGCCAUGCAAUCCAGUGACUCCGCCUCCAUGCAAGCCAUGCCCACAAGGACCACCAGGACCACAAGGCCCUCCAGGACUUCCGGGAGACGCUGGAGCGGAUGGACAGCCGGGACAACCGGGACAGGACGGCCAACCGGGGCAACCAGGACCAAAGGGACCACCAGGAUCAAACGGACAACCAGGACAACCAGGACAAGACGGAAAUCCAGGAGAGGACGCACCCAACGAGCCAUUGGUACCAGGCGAGCCUGGCCUUCCAGGAGAACCAGGACCACAAGGUCCACCCGGACAGCCGGGAUCCCCAGGACAGAAUGGUUCACCAGGACAGCCUGGACCAAAGGGACCACCAGGUCAGCCAGGACAACCGGGACCAGACGGAAAUCCUGGAUCGCCAGGACAACCAGGUCAGCCGGGAACCACCGGAGAGAAAGGAAUUUGUCCAAAGUACUGCGCCAUCGACGGAGGAAUUUUCUUCGAAGACGGAACCCGCCGAUAA